ACGAGCCCUCUGGGCAUGCGCGUUGGUGUGCAGAGGCUGGGCCUUCGUUGUGGCUUGUUUACACUGGGAAGUGGCGGUGUGCGAGUCGGGAUGAGUGAGGGCCAGAGCGUGCGCGAUCGGAGCAGCGAAGAUGCAACAGCGACAGCCACCACGACGACCACCGUGUCCCCUCACAGCGCCAACUACCAGGAGGUGACCACGGUGGCUAUGAACGCGGCUGUCUUCGAAACUGGUCAGGACCGAGGAGCGGAGGAAGCCGUGCAGCCUCCUGUUAACACAGGGAGUCCGAGGCAGGCUAACGGGGAGGAGGAGGAGGAAGAAGAAGAAGAGGAGAACGACGACGACGACGACGAUGAUGAAGAGGAGGAGGAGGAGGAAGAAGAAGAAGAGUUGGAGGAGUUAGAAGAUGACGAGGAAGAUGAGGAAGAGGAGGAGGAGGAUGAUGAAGAGGAGGAGGAAGAAAGCGGCCACAGCGAGAUGGUGUUCAGGAAAUGUGUGUACCAGGGUUGUACCGAAACCACCAACCUGGUGGCUAAACCUAGGAAACCUUGGAUGUGCAAAAAACACCGCAACAAAACUUACAAAGACAAAUACAAGAAGAAGAAGAGCAUUCAGGCUAUGGAUGAUACAGAUGAAAGACCUACAUCUGCCAGCAAACAGCGUUUGAGGUGUAUGAUAGUGCAUCAAACGAGCCGUAAAGCCAGCCUCCUUGAGCAAGUUUUAAGCCAAAAGAGAUUGUCAUUAUUGAGAAGUCCAGAAGUUGUCCAGUUUCUACAACAGCAGCAACGAUUACUGAGCAACAAGGCCCUUGCUCAAAGGCAGCAGUUUCCAGAAUCACCAAUGUGAUGCUUUCUUUGCAAAUAGGAUGCACAGGAGGAUGAUGCUGGUGAAACUUCUGUAAGUCACUUGUGAAAGUUUUCAUAUUUCAGCGGUUUUACUUCAUUACUAUGAGAACAAUGUUUUCUAACACAGUUUUGAAAAAGAAUGUUCUGAACUAAGUGAGAUGAUUGUGAUAUUGCCACAUGAAAGUCUGGAUUUUUUUUGUGUUAAAAGUACUGUACAUAUUUCCAAAACUUGGAUAUUUUGAAAAUUCCUGACUGGUAAUUUGAACCUGAAUUAAGAUGAGGUUGAGGGAUGAUGGUAUAAAAUGGAGCAGUUUACUAUUACAGGACCUAGUAUUGUCACUGGAUAUUUUCAAAGUGGAUAGAGUGGCUGAGUGUAAAAUAAAGCUCUGUUGCCCCUGUACCAUCAAUGUAAACAAAAACUGUUGCUUUCAUAAUGCUGUAUAUGAAGUCAUCUGAGGUAGAAAAUGUAGUGGAUCCUGAGCAAGCAAAAAUGAGAAGAGUUGGAUUAGCAAGUAGAUUUUAAAAGGUCUAUUUAAAAGAAGAGUGGUUAUUUGGCUUCUGAAAAUAGAAUAGUGUGGAAGAAUGUUGGGAUUUCAAGAAUACUUUUAUUGGUUGAUACUGCAUAUUGGAAAGCACUUGGGUUACAGGAAGCCAGUAGAGUUUGUAACAAUAUGUCAUGCAUUGUUACAGAAAAGCACUGACUUUUUUUUAUCUUAAAGCAAAUUGCAAAAUCUGAGCUGAUUUCUGCUGUGUCAAAGCUCAUUCAGAACUUAAGGUUUGAACUGUGCAUUUUUUAAAUAUUUGUUCAAGGGAACGUGGGCAUUGCUGGCUAGGCCAAAAAUUCUUGCAAACUGUUAUUGCCCUGAAGAUAGUGAUGAAUUGCUAUCUUAAACUACUUAGUCCUUGAUGUGUAGGAAGUACUGUUAGGAAAUGAAUUCUAAAAUUUUGACCCAGCACCAGUGAAGGAAUGACAAUAUAGUUUGAAGUCAGGAUGGUGAGUGGCUUAGAGGGGAGUGUCCAUGUGGUGGUAUUCCUCUGUACCUGUUCUUGUCCUUAUGGGUGGUAGAGAUUGUGGAUGCUGUCAUCUUGCAAAUCCUGCCAAUUCUUAAAAUCAAGGAGAUUUUCAUCCACUCCAGACUCUUAAAUUAACAAGGCUAAAGUUGGCCGCAGGCACGAUAUGAUUAAUCACAAUGCAGAAAUUCCUAGUAGAAACAGGAAUAAAAUUUUUCUUCAUCUUCCUCACAAUUUUUCAAUAGGUUCUUCCUCUUUUACAUUCACAUAGCCAGUCUUCUGUUGUGAUAAAUAAAUAAUUAUGGCAUCCAUAUUGAAUACAAAUGCUGUUUUAUAGAAGCAAGCAUGAUUUUUAAUUCCCAGAUGCUUUUCAGGUAUGAAACACUGCAGUAAACUGUUACAUUCAUUCAGUUUGAAAUUGGAUAUGAUUAGGAAAGAGAACCUUUGAAUUUCUAGAAAUGUAUGUUUACUAGAUUAUUAAAUGUAUUAAAUAACUUCAGACGUGAUUUUUGUUGGAUAUCUAAAAGGUGAAUUUUACUUACAAUGUAUUAAACCUGGUAUUUGACCAAAUUUUGUAAUAUUGAUUUUCAAAUAAAGUAUGGAUAUGUA